AUGUGUUCACAUUUCCGUUCAAAAUGCAGAGCACUAACCACCACAAUCUUCUUCCUUUUACCACUCAUCUCUUCACUUUUAUUCUCCUCAUCCACCGCAUGUUCUAACGGCAAUUGUCAGGUUCUGGAAGCUUGUUCUGCUGCUACGGAUUGUGGGUCGGGUCUUUUUUGUGGUAAUUGUCCUGCUUUGGGAUUGAACCAACCCAUCUGUACCAGAGGGCAGCCUAUUCUUCCCACAUCCACUCAGGUGAAUGGAUUGCCUUUCAAUAAGUACUCAUGGAUAGUGACUCACAAUGCCUUCAGCAUUGUUGAUUCGCCUCCUUUGCCGGGUGUUCAGAGAUUAACAUUUUAUAAUCAAGAAGAUAGUGUAACUAAUCAGUUGAGGAAUGGAGUUCGAGGAUUAAUGUUGGAUAUGUACGACUUUCAAAAUGAUAUCUGGCUCUGUCAUUCGUUUCGAGGGCAAUGCUUCAACUUCACUGCCUUUCAACCUGCAAUCAAUACUUUGAAAGAAGUGGAAGCAUUCUUGACGCAAAAUCCAACUGAGCUUGUUACCAUCAUAAUUGAAGACUAUGUGCAUACUCCAAAGGGGUUGACGAAUUUGUUCACAAGUGCUGGAUUGGAUAAGUAUUGGUUUCCUGUGUCCAAGAUGCCAAAGAAAGGAGAUGACUGGCCUACUGUAACCGAGAUGGUUCAAAUGAAUCAUCGACUUAUUGUUUUCACUUCUGAUGCUUCGAAGGAAGCUCAAGAAGGAAUAGCUUAUCAAUGGAAGCACUUGGUUGAAAAUGAGUCUGGAGACCCCGGAGUUCAAAAGGGUUCUUGUCCACAUAGGAAAGAAUCAAAGGCAUUAAACUCUAAAGCUGCAGGGAAUGUGGUGCCUAACUUCAUAGCUGUUAACUUUUACAUGAGGAGUGACGGCGGAGGUGUUUUUGAUAUUGUGGAUAAAAUGAAUGGCCACUCAUUGUGUGGAUGUAGUACAGUUGCUGCUUGCCAGGCAGGUGCAACUUAUGGAUCUUGCAAGAAUAUUUCUGUACCUGGUACAAGUCCAGCGAGCAUCACUGGCGGUAGUGGAGGCUUUACUGGAUCUGUUCAGUUCUCUAAAUCUGCUUCACCCGUCCGUUAUCCAAAUUCAUUGCUUGUUUUCUUGUUUUACUUUCUGCUUAUUGUAGUCUUGUUUAAACUCUGA